AUGGCCGCGGAGUCGGACGGCGCGCGGGUGGCUCCCCGGGGCCCCCGGUACUCGCUCCGGGACGGCCUGUGGCUGCUGGCCGCGCUGCUCGUCUUCUUCUCGGACGGAGCCUCCGACCUGUGGCUGGCUGUGGACUACCUGCGGCAGCGCCGGCUCGCCUGCUUCUGGCCCACCGUGCUGCUGGUCCUGGGGCCCUCCCUGCUCACACAGAGCCUCAGCCUCAGCUGGGCCAUCACCGACCGCGGGCCCCCGGGGGCCACUAACACCUGCUGCCGGCUGGGGGCCUGGAUCAUGCAGGGAGCCGUGCAUCUACUACAGCUCGGCCAGGUGUGGAGGUACCUGCGUGCUCUGUACCUCGGCCUACAGAGCCGCUGGCAGACCGAGCAGUUGAGUCGCCAUUUUUACUGGCGGAUGAUGUUCGAGAGUGCAGAUAUUAGUAUGUUGCGCCUCUUGGAGACAUUUCUCAAGAGCGCCCCCCAACUGGUGCUACAGCUCUGCAUCAUGGUGCAACAAGGUCACGUGGAGCCGUUACAGGGUCUUUCUGCCUCUGCUUCACUUCUCUCCCUUGCCUGGAUGAUUGCAUCCUAUCAGAAGGUGUUGAGAGAUUCCCGGGAUGAUAAGUUGCCCAUGUCCUACAAGGGAGCUGUGGUUCAGGUUCUCUGGCAUCUCUUCACAAUUGCCGCUCGAGCGCUGGCCUUCUCGCUGUUUGCUUCAGUCUUCCACCUUUACUUUGGGAUUUUCAUCGUCACUCACUGGUGUCUAAUGACCUUCUGGAUCAUCCAAGGGGAGACAGAUUUCUGCAUGUCCCGUUGGGAAGAAAUUAUCUACAAUAUGGUGUUGGGCAUUAUCUACAUUUUCUGCUGGUUCAAUGUGCGAGAGGGUCAGACCCGUUACCGUAUGACCAUAUAUUACAUCAUUGUGUUGACAGAGAAUGCGGUGCUCACAGGUCUGUGGUAUUUCAAUCGCACCACACUGCCCAGCGAUUUCUACGCCCUUCUUAUUGUUUGCUCUGUUCUGUGCAGCUUUGCUCUUGGUGUAUUCUUCAUGUUGAUUUAUUACAGCCUCUUGCACCCAAACGGACCUAUGUUUGGACAAUCAAGUAGCCCGUGUGUGCUUACAGAGGUACCUGAGACUUCCAGAGUUCCUCCUACAGAAGGUUCUGAGAGCCUCCCUCGUACCUUGCCACGGACUACAGGGCAAGAGAGAGACUGGGUACCCAGAGACAGGGACAGUUGUGGCCCAGUCUUCCAAGUACGUUCUAGUGCACCCCACACCCCCGUGACACGUGUUCCCAGAGCACAGGGACCUGUCAUUCGUAUAGAUCUUCCACGUAAAAAGUACCCAGCCUGGGAUGCCCACUUCAUUGACCGACGUUUGCGGAAAACUAUAUUAGCCUUGGAAUAUUCCUCCCCUGCUACUCCACGUGUUCAGUAUCGCAGUCUAGGGAACCCCCACGAGCUCACAGAAUAUGAGACCACUGUGUGAUACCCUGCUCUAGAAUUAGCGUGUUAUAAAGACUGUUUAGCAGGAAACGUGCUACGAAGACUGAAAGGUCAUGGAAAGCUCUGGAGAGCGUCAGGAGGUCUAAUGAGGUAGCAGAGCUUAGGCACGAUUGGAAGAGCAUGGAGUGUGUAGCGAUGACAAGCUGCCAAGAUUGUCAUAGAGUUGAGCCUGUGUAGGGUUUCGAGUGAUGAGGAAUUCACGGAGCAACUAAAGAGCUUUGUUCAUUGGCUCAAAGUGGGUAUAAUAUAUUUAGCCAUGUUCUAUGAAGCAAGGUUAAGUUACGGUACCAGUGGUAGAAAAGAGAGCCGACCAAACCCAGGUUGACAGAGAAAUUUCGGACUUGGGUCUAUUAGGUUCUACUCAUAAUUAUGUGCGGAAAAGUAUGUGUGUUUAGAAAUGUGAUAAAUAUUUGUUGUACACAACUCACCUCCAAGUGUAAAAGGGUAACAGUGUGCGUGUGUAUACAUACGGUUAUGGUCAACUGUCUGGAAACUUGCUAAUAUUAUCACAACAGUGUGCUGGCUUCACACAAAACCAUAACAACUAAAAAUAUACAUUGUUACUCUAAAAUCUGAUCAUAUUUACCCGAUUUCAGCAUAUUCCCUCUCAUUUGCACAGUUAAAACAGCCAUAGUUCCUUACAAGAACCCUCUGUAGGGGCGUACAAAAAACAAGAUUACCCCUUGCUUUCUUCUUAGGUCAUGUGUAGAGAUCCAAUGGGUGCUAGCAAGGAUCCACUUGAGUGUAAAACAUCUAAUUUAAAUCAGUAUUGAUGUAUAUAUCCCUAUAAAUAUUUUUUUAAAACUAUUUGCCAUAUUUUCACCUUUUCUUCCCGAAAAUGUUGGCAUAUGAUUGCCAACUGACUUCAACAAAUCACUGCCUAGUGAAUAAACCAAACAGCACAGACAUUUAGGGUGCACUCGACAAUAAUAGCUAGUGGAGAGUGGACAUUGUGAGCCCUGAAUAUGCAUUAAAAACGAUGCAAAAAACCUUAUACAUCUUCCCAGUUUUCUCAGUGCACUAAUGAUGUGCCCGCACCUCCUACACCAGGAAGAAAGAGUUAUCUUAAACUAUUGCCCACAGGGAGUUUAUGGGAUCAGUGUCACUUGUCUGUUACCAUAUUACUGCCAUAUUCCAUAAUGGUUUACUCAAUGAACAGGGCUAUGUGUGGCUGUUUGCGAUAUCUU